AUGGCGUUGUGCAUCAUGGUGACCGUGCCUUUGCCGAAGCCCGACGGCGGGCUCGGGCCCGCCCGCCUGCCGGCAUUCGCGGGCGCUUCUGGGGCACGGCGGCGCAGCCGCGCGACGCGGCAGGUGCGGCGUUUAACCUGGCAUCGCGCCAUGCGGGUUAGAGCGGGCUUCUCGCGCGGGGCGGGCAUCUUGGAUUUGGCGAAAUUCUACGAUCGCGUCAUGAUGCGCAGCGCGUUGAGUUGGCUGGGCAAGGGGCGCCCGCUGGCGAGGCGCCAGAACGCGGCGGGCGACGCGCUGGCGCGGGCGCCGGGCGGGUCAGCGCACGCGGGCCUGCUCGAGGCGAAGCGCUCGGCGGCGGCGCGGCGCAAGACCGGUUCCGCGGCGGGCGACGCGGAGACAGCCAGGAUCUUGCAUCUCACGCUCGCGGAGUCGGACAUCGCGCUAGAGAGGGCGGCAGGCGCAAGGAGCGUCGGCUGCGACGCGAGCGGCGGAAGCGAGCUGGGCGCGAGCGGGGCGCCGGCGGCAAGCAGCUGCCGCGCCGCUGGCCUGGCGAAGGUCAUGAUGCGCAGCGCGUUGAGUUGGCUGGGCAAGGGGCGCCCGCUGGCGAGGCGCCAGAACGCGGCGGGCGACGCUUGCAAGGCGGGCCUGCUCGAGGCGAAGCGCUCGGCGGCGGCGCGGCGCAAGACCGGUUCCGCGGCGGGCGACGCGGAGACGGCCAGGAUCAUGCAUCUCACGCUCGCGGAGUCGGACAUCGCGCUAGAGAGGGCGGCAGGCGCAAGGAACGUCGGCCGCGACGCGAGCGGCGGAAGGUGGCUGGGCGCGAGUUUGAUCGCCGACCCGGUCGUUGGGGCGGCGAGGUCGGUGGGGGGCGCCCGCGCGCUGCUCAGCUUGGGCGAGCGGUCAGCGCGGGGGGGGCAAGUGCGCUGGGGGCCCUUCGAGGGGCGCGCGGCAGAACCCGAGUCCGCGACGUGGAGCCAAGCACAAGAGGGCACCGAAGGGCGCGGCAGGAGAUUCCGCGCCGGCGCGGGCGAGGCCUCUCGACCAAGGCCUGCAGCCAGAAUGGGCAGCUGCCAAUUCGGCUACGACGCGGCGCUGGCCAUCGAGAGACUCGCGCGCCCCGAGCCGGCGAGGCUUGCGGCGAGGGGGGCGCUCGAGCAAGGGGAGGGGGCAGGCGAGAGGCUCGCCGGCGGCUUGUUUUCCAGUGGCGCUGGCUCAGAUGGCUCCAGGGCAGGCUGGGUCUUCGUGCUGCGGCGCGAGGGCGGCCAGGUGCUUCGGGGGGCGCGCGGCGCGGCCCCGCUGGCGCGGGGGCCGCUGCGGCUGGCGAGGGGCGGCGGGGAUUGCGCGUUCCACUUCCUUUCGAGCUGCUCAGCGGCGCCGAUGGGGGCACUCAGCAACUGCGUGGGCGCGAUCCGACAGGCGACGGACAUCGGCCAUGCGCUGGCGAAAGGGGCGGCGACGGGGCGCCCGCGGAAGCGGCGGUGGAACGAGCUCGGAGGCCAGGGCGACGCGGGGGCGACGAAAGCGAUGGCGCGCGAGCCCAGGUCAGCGCGCGCGACGGAGACCGAGAGGCGGGCGAGGGAAGGCGACGAGGAAGUGGAUUGCCUCGCCAACGUGGGCGCGGAGGCCUGCAGGCGCAACAACCUCGACGGGGUCUCUGCGGCCCUGUGGCAAGAGCUCGAGGAGGUCGCGGGGGACCAGCUGGAGGGGCAGGGGAAGGAGCCCGAGAGGCGGGCGCGCCCAGAGGAAGGGACCCCAGGGCGAGGAGGGGCCGCCUAUGGCCGCGCCCUGGCGCUGAAGCUGCUCCAGGAGGUCGAGAAGGUCUACGGAGUGGAUGAGGACUGGAUCCUCGCGCUCGGCGGGCGAGCAGGGGGGGCGAAGGUUGAGGCGGCCACAGGGGAGGCCGACGGCCGAGGCAGGCUGCCCUCGGCGGCGGAGGACCUGGGCGGCGGGGGCGUCCGCUCGCUCCUGCGGUGGCUGCCGCGCGACCUGGCGCGGCUGCGCCUGGAUUUCAAGUGGUGCACCCUGGGUGACGAGGUCGGGGGGCGGCAAGGGCGACGGCGCAGACGUCGACGGCUCCUCGGCGGGCAGGGUCCCGCGAGCAGGCGCUCGCUGCAAGGCGUUGUCGCCUUCGUCCUGCGCCGCGGCGGCGGCCGCGCCCCGCCUGCGCCGGUCGCCCCUGGCAUCUCCAUCGGCGCGUUCAAGAUUGACUGGGCGCGCGCCGUGGGCCUAGGGGUCGGGGCGGAGUUCACGGGGGCCCUGCUGCGACGCCUCGCGGGGAUGCUGCCGGGGCGCAGCCGCGCGCAGAAGAGCGGCGCGCGGGCCGUCGCGGCGCGGCUGCCUUCGAGCCUGGCGCGCCUCCACCUCGGGCUGCGCGGCUGCGGCGUCGGGGCCGCAGGCAUCACCAUCCCCUGGUGGCUCUCGGCCCUGUGGAAGUGGGUCUGCCCGGCCGUCCUGGUGGGCAUCACGAUCGUCACCCUCCUGGACAACCCCGACCUCAUGGGCGCCACUACGUCGAAGCCCUUCCCGGAGGGAUCAGGCUACCUGCCCAUUUGGAGCAUCAAGAUCGGCUGGCUCCUGGGCGCGAGCCCCCUGAUCGUCUGCUUCGCCAUCCUGAUCUUAUCCGACGGGGCCGUCGGACGCAUGGGCAAGAGGAUCAGCGGCAAGCUCUCCGGGAAGAGCAUGGGGUCGGACUCGUCCGAGGACGGAUAGCUCUUCGGAGUCUUCCUGAAGUGCGCCGGCAACCGCGCUUUGUAUCAGUGAUCGGGGGGCGCUGGCAGGAUAGGAAGGCCUUUGCGCCAAUGCUGUGCCCAGUUUGGGCCUGGCCAGGCGAGGUGCCGAUUUUAAGUUCACCAAGUGCAGCUUGCUUGGAGAGGCAUGAACCGAAUGGUGUUUUGUCUGCCUCUAGUCUGUUUUUUUUCGCAAGGAGGAACAACUGACUGACUGACUGACUGACUGACUGACUGACUGAAGGUCGUAUGUUUGUCGCCUCCGUUUCGUUCUCUGCUGUGCUACAUGUGUUUCUCGUUCUGCCCACCCCUUAAAUUGAUUAAUCGCCAGGCACGCAUGUUAACAAUGCAGUGCCCCGAAUUGGUUUAUCGCCAGGCCCGACAUCAUGUCGUGCUGAUUUUGAAAUGUUGGCCAUGGGGGCCGUGUGGGAUAUAACCCAUGGGCGUUUCAUGCUCCUGGCAGAGUUGCUUUUGGAGCCACGCUGCGCGGCUACAACUUCCAUCGAUUGCGGCUUGAUUGGGUUGAAAAGAAGUGCAGUGUCCUGUGCGCACGGAGUGAUUCAGGGGCCCGAGUUGUGCGGACGGCGUGGCCCGUCUAGCGCCU